AUGUCGAUACUACUGCCCUCACAAAAUCCUCCUCAUCGAUCGGAAUUGGAGACUGGUGUGUUUGUGGAACAGGAGAUUUUCAAACUAGGAAAGAAAAUUCAAUGUUUCAAUUUGAAAAAUCAACACAAUGAUGAUGAAACAAUAACCGUGUUGGACGAGCCCAUGCUUCAACAACAAUUGAAUGAAUUGCAAGCCAAAGAAGAUCUUCCUCUCUCUCCGAAUGUUUAUAACAUGCUCUACAAUUUGAAUAUCAUAGAAAUUGAAGAAUAUACCAUUAACGAUAUAAUUCUAUUAAAUCAUGAUGAAAAGACUCUUCGUAUGGAUCAAUUGUUUGAUUGGAUGGAACGAAAAAUCCAUCAAGAUCAAGAGAAAAUGAUGAACUAUUUAAUUCAACCAAAGAAAGUUUUGGAACAAGGAGAGAAGGAUGCAUUUGAACGUGUGCGCCUUGGUGCCAUUUGUUUGAGGAAAGUCAUGGAGUACAUUGAUCCUAUUUUGUUUUCUUGGAUUUCCGGAUUUAAAGAUUUUGAAGAAUUUCGAUCCUUCUUUGGCGAUUUUGUGAGUUUGUGUUUUUUACCUGAAACAGAGGAUGCAUCAUAUACAUCCACAUUACAACUAGUUUUGGAUCUCUAUUGGAAAGAACAAUAUUACACUUGUUUCUCUGUGGGAAUUACUUUUUUAGAAAGAGUAUUGGGUGAUUUGCUUUUACUCACAAAAAAGAAAACAAGUAAUGACUCGAACACUAGCUCGGACGAUGUAACCAAUCUCGUCGAAAACUUUCGAGAGCUUAAAAUCAAUGAAUUACUCAUGGUAGAAGAAAUCGAGUUAAUUCUUGGAAAAGAAUUUGUAUUUAUUUUCAGAUGCUUUUCUGGGCCAUUACAAGGUUUAAAUCUUAGAAAUGUUGUUUGGCAUGGAUUUUUAGAUUCAACACACUUUUCCAGAUCAUUUUCAUCAUUUCUCAUUGUAUUGAUUAUUACACUUGCAAAAAGAGAGUCCGUGAAAAACAUUCUUCAAACUUCGAACAAAAUGAGAAGAUCAUUUAACAUGAUGAUGGACAUUCCACCAGGUUCAGGAAAUCCAUGUAGAAGCAAGAUUUCAAAUUAUUUGCUAAAUGAUGAAAAUGCCCAACAGCAAGUUGAACGUCUCAUUGAUUCGAGCUACUUUAUUCCAUUCAGAAGUAAGAAGGAUUGGAAGCUUUCUUUGUCUUACUAUCGACAGGGAAAUUUCUAUCUGAGUUUUGUGUUACUUUUUCCUCACUUGGAACAUGCUUUGCGACGACUCUUUGCCUUUUCAAACCAAAACUUUGUGAGACUUUUUUCUGCUGAAACAGAUCAAGUUUAUACAACAUUUGAUGAAAUUUUACAUCCAAGUUUGGACUAUGAAACAAGUACAGAUCUCACUGAUGGAGAAGCUGUUUCAUCAGUUUGGACUUUUGAAUCAAGAAAUAGAGUGAUUGAAGAAAUGGGAGAGGAAUUAAUGUUGUCUCUUUUUGACAUUCUCUUCUUUAAGGAUGGUCCAAGAAUUAGAGACAAGUUAUCACAUGGAGUUGUUGAUCCAGUGACAGUUAAUAAGAAGGUCAAUAAUUUGUGUGAACAAGUCAUUACUAUUGCAUUAUGCAUGGUUUAUAGAUAUUCCAUAUUACCACCUUCCCAAGUUAACCCUAUCAACAAUAACAGUGGCAACACUCAUCAUGUCAACUGCAGUACUCGAUUAUUCGAUUAUCUUCAUGAAGCAUCUUCUCAAUUUACCUUUCAAAUCUACCACCCACAAAUGAGCCUGCUCAAUGAAUUUGAAACAACUGUGAAGAAGUUCAAAACAUUUUCAGAGAACACUCUCUCAAAGGCUUGGGAAUAUAGAUUUUCAAAUAACUUGACGAAACAUCUCUUCGUAAAAUAUCCUCUUGAACGAGGAGAGAAACGAUUUGUGGUAAGGGAGUCUUCAGAUCUAGAGGAAUUAAUUGAAGUUUACAAUAACAGGAUGGAAAGAAUGGGUCAUGAAUCUGUUGUGUACAAUUCUCUAUUCCUUAAGAAUUCACAUAUUUCUAAUAUUUUAAAGCUGAAAGCAGAUGAAUCAGUUCAGAAUGUUUGUAUAGACAGAUUUAUUGACGAGUUUAAACAACUUUCCAAGACAAAGUUUAAACCUCGCCUACCUCUUACCUUUUGUGGAAAAUGUGGAAACACGCAAUCCAUUGAGUUCACAAAAAUUUAUAGAUUGACUGACAUUUUAAAACAUUCUGGACUCUAUCUUGACGAAGUACAUAAUUCAUUCAUCGAUCUUGAAAACGUAGUUUUGAGUAGAACUGCUUUUUCAAGACAUCGUAAGCGCUUUGUAAAAGUUGUGGAAAAUAUGUAUGAUUUUUAUUUAAACUUUAUGGCCGUUUUAAUGGCUGUGGAAUUUCUUUAUCUUAGCCCAGUUAACAAGGAAGAGUUGGACGAGAGAGGAAUAGUACUUCGAUUGAGCAGAGCUGCUCCAUCUUCGAUUAAGGCCACCACUUAUGAGAAAAUCGAAAAACUUAAUUCAGAAUGGAAAUCUUACGUUGAUAAGUCACGAAGACAAUAUUAUUAG